AUGGCCCUGGCCUACGGUAAAUCCAAGGCCCAUGCCUUCUUCAAUUACUACGCUCGAGCUUUUAGUAAUUACUACUCUCCUGGGUUCAGCUAUGACUACUACCCGCGCUACAGCCAUAGCUACCCCACUUUCAACUACGCCACCUACCCGUACGGCUACAGCAGCGGCGGAGGAUAUGGCAAUGGCUACGCCCAGGGUUACAGACAGAACUAUGGCCGGGGGUACGGAAAUGGCUAUGGUGUUGGCUACAGAACAGGAAACUACUACCCCACGAACAGCUACAGCUACUAUCCGUCAUAUGGCAGGGGCUACGCCCGUAGCUACAGCAACUACUAUCCAAGUAAAAGUUACAGUAAUUACUACCCAACAAACAGCUACAACUAUUACUCAUACCCCAGUUACAACUAUAACCCCAGGAACGGCUACGGCUACUCGUAUCGACGCACCUACGGUCCUAGCUAUUACGGCUCCGGGUACGGUAAUGCGCGCGGUUAUGGCUCCGGAUACGGAUACAGUUCUGGUUACGGGUCCCGCUCCGGCUACGGCUCCGGCUACGGCUCCGGCUACGGCUCUGGCUACGGCUCCGGUUACGGCACCGGCUAUGGGAAUAGCUACGGUUAUGGAUCCGGAUACGGGUCCGGCUAUGGCUCCGGCUACGGCUCCAGCUACGGAUCUGGCUCCGGGUCCGGCUACAGGUCAGGCUACGGGUCCGGCUACGGGUCCGGCUACGGGUCUGGCUAA